CAUUUCGAAUGUCUGAUCAAAUAGUAUUCGAAUAAUCGAAUAAACAAGAACUAAUCAUAUAACAUAACUAUUAGAAGAAGAAGAAACGACAGUCGUAUGUUUUCAUUUCUUUUUGACAGAUUUCACGGAACGUCAGACGACUUCUUUUCUUGCGCGAAAGCUGAUCGAUUUGUGAUGGCGAAACCGAAGGGAAACGUUACGAAGAUCGAACCACCGCCAUACAGAGAGCGCAUGGAGCUCAGGUCAAUGUCGAGACGCUCUCCGCCACCUUACCCUGAAAUCGACAGCCCGAAGAACCUAAACUCGCAGGAUGAUUCCACAUUGAAAGAGCAAAACGAUUCCGAUAAAACAAGGUUGGAAGAAAGCGUAGAUUCGGCGACGAUAAUAACCAGCAACUGCUGUGGCAAAUUUCCAAGAUACAUCUGCUAUCGCAUCGGUGGAUUCUCAAUGAUUAUCAUCACUGUUGUCCUGUUAAACUUCUUGUUCCCCUAUCCGCUACAUGCUUCGUGCGUUGUUAAAUGGAAAUUUGGAGAUUCCUGCGUCGAUACUAUGCAAAAAUUAAGAUGGCAAAUACUUGACUGGUCGUCCUGCAUUAAUUGUGGCUCACGUGGUAGCAGAUGCCUCUACACGCUCGAGGAGUCAAAACCGGAUGAAAGCAAUGUGAUCAGAGCCGUGCACGUUGCAUCGAAUACGAGAACCGUGGAAACAAUAAAAAUAAUUUUUGAGGAAGUCAACAAAACCUGCGUCGCAACGGGUGAAUCUGUGUCAAACGAAUGGUUCAGGAUAUUCGAUUACGGCAUCAAUUACUGUAAUUUACAUAACUUGGUGACCGGGCUCGGUUAUGACAAAAGCCCCAGAUUUUUGGAGCUGACAACCAACGCAGUUUGCACUCAAUAUAAUAUGGCGGUUUGUGGCUAGCCUCU